CCAGGUUUCCGUAAAAUCCAGGAUUAAACAAGCGCUUGGUUGCACCAAUCGCGUUGCUUUCACCGAAGUUCCAAUCCUACACUUAGCAAUUUUAUUCCUUGUCCGAUUCUUUGGCUUUUCUAAAGUGUCUUUGAAGAGCCGCAUCUUCUGAAAGGGCUAAAUAUGCUCCCUUUCCGGUUGCAUUCACGACUAGCCUCAUGGAUUCAUUCGAUUUCUGGUCCGGGUGUCUUCCCUUUGGGCACUAAAUGUCUUUGUGGAUCCGGAAGUCUCCAUCUUUUAUCACUCUUUCUAUAUUAAUCUUUGGGAGGCAAAAUCCUAAAGCCACGCUGACGGUUUAUCUCUGAUCUUAUAUCCUCCUACUUCCAGACUCAGGGCUUCUUUUUCAGAUGUUUUUUCAAAUUACACAACACUACCUCGGUCAUGACGGUCGUGACCAAGAAUCUGGAUUCCAUCCCGUACGAUGUUUUCUACCAGGUAGCUUCAUCAUUGGACUGUCAUGAUUUCGUCCAUCUGAGUCGCGUAAAUCGGUCUCUCCAUGCUUUGAUGCGAUGUGAAUCAAUUGCACGGAAGACAAUUGAGCACAACCUCCUCCAAACCAAAGAAGGCCAAGAAGCAAAACGAACCAAAAAUUAUCGCCGAGCAGUUGGGCGUUUGUUUGACACCAAGGAAGCGUUUGCAACAGCCCAACCGUAUUCAGCUUCGGUUUUGGGCUACGGCAGCGCAUUCCUCUACAGCGGUGGCUCCCUCUGCUACAUCUACAACGACGAGAUUCGCGCCUUGGAUGUACACGGCGCCAGCCAGAUCGAACAGGUGUUGAACCUUUACAGCGUCCUUUCACGCGCCAUCCCAGGAUGCAAUCCGGCAGAAGACACGACGCAAAUAUCCUUGAUGCAAUACGGAUACGGGGUGCUUGCUUUCCUCGUAGAGAUUGUGGAGCGACGCGAAUCCUGGCUGCUGGCGGUGGACAUGCGGCGCAAGGGCAAUUGCGGCAAAAAUGGGCGACUGCGGCUCCGGACGCAGCUCCAGUCAACAAGGCGGCUCUUCGUUCGUCAUGACAACGCCUAUCUCUACUACGGCACGCACUCGGCGUUGGGCUACCAUGGCUAUCCCCAGUGGGCGGUCAGCUGCGUCGAUCUGACAACGGGGCAGCACAUCACCGAGAAACCGAUCGAGUUGGACAAUUUCGCCGGCUGCGAGAUCGGGCAAACGGUUUGUUUUGGAGUCCACGACAAACAUUUAUAUGCUGUGUCGACGCAGGUGGAUUUCGAGGAGGAAGAGGUCGACUGGACGUCGUUCUACGUCUGGGCGUGUUUGUCGCCCGGCAAGAACACGGGCCCCGUGACUCUUAACCGAACUUGGCGGCGACAGCAUCGCGAAGGGCCGAUCAACGACACCUGGUCCGAUCUCUCGCUGCGACAUGACGAGUCGACGAGUAAACUCAUGGUCUUGGAGUGUCGGCGCGAGUGGCGUGACGGUGGCAGCGAAAACUGUCGCACGUAUUACGUGCAGCCCCUGCCGUCGCCCGCCGAGAUUCAGAGUAAGCGACAGGGGGCCAGCGCAGGACAGUUUUCAGCCCCCGCUCCUUUGCCCGACGAACCGUUGACCAAAACCCUGGAUUCUUCCAACAAGCCCAAUUACGAGCGGCCGCGAAAACGCCUACGCCGACAUUUCCAUCAGGAAUACCAAUUGGGUGCCACCGGCAGCGCCAGUGGUGCUAGCCCAACCCAACGCCAGGACUUCAUCCUGGCCAAAACCAAGUUUCGCACAUACAACAUCUCAGCCUCGAGCUUUGUCGAUCUUGUCAAUGACCCGCUCCCUCCGUCGGGGGGUUGCUUCGUGCCACACGACCGACUGCGUUUGCGCGUGGCUUCGCGCAAACGCAAAUGCCCCAUCGACGAGGACGGAGACGAAGGCGACAAGGGACUUUUGUACAAGCCUGAAUUGGCCUCACCGGAUGGCACUCCGAUAGAGAACAGCGAAGAGCGCUAUACAACCCGCGGGAUAUCUCUCUGGCCUCCGGAUAAUGCUCCGCCGGAGCUUAACCAACUUCUAUGUCCAUCCAAACGAGCGGGGAAGGUACAGGCGGUUGCAGAUGAGCGGUCAAUACUCUACUCUGUCGACCAAGACGGCCUUACCCCCGGGAAUCAGGCGAUUAUUCUGAUCAACUUCGAUCCGGCCUUGCGGCUGCCUGGUCUGCAGCACCUAGAGAUGCCCGACCAGCUCAAAGCCCAGAAGACUCAAAAGGGUGUCGACAUUGAGCGACCCCAACUAGCCGAUAUCGGACGGGAACGCCUAAUGCCUCAUACAACAUUUGCCCGGCAAAGGGCAAACCAGGCUGUGUCAUCUGUCCGGGAGGAGCCGGCUAUGUAUCUAAGCAUCCAACGUGGAUAUUGGCUUCGAUGACAUGGAUCUCCCAGCGUUGCGUUUUAUUUUCGGAAGCUCUGUUUUCGGAGGAACAUGAGAUAAAUGACAAAUAGCCGAUAUAAAAAUUCCAAAAUUUCG